AUGAUGAAGGAGUUCCUUAUCAUCAAAAUGAUUGGUUUCAUCUGUGUAGAAAGUUCAAAAUCAGGGCUACCUCCUAAACAUGUUGAGAGGUAUAAUCAUAUGCUUACCUACCUCCAAACUCAAAGCAUCACUUUAGGAGUUAUGAAUCUUCUACGCUUACUGUAUGCUGACCUAGAAAACCAUAUUCCCGAGCCAAUUGUUGGCUCCACCAAUCAGCAACCACUUCUUGAUGCCCCUGGAGAUGUAUUCCAACUGAGGAAGCUUCUUCCUACAUCUCUGCCUUAUGACUUCAACAUUCAUUUUCAAACUGAGAAGAAGCAUUUAGAUUGUAUGGAUGUCUUAAGCGAGACACACAACAGAUCCUCAGAUCAGAAGAUCCAGAUUGGUGCUAAUCCAGUAGUAAAUUGUGAAUGGAAACCUCUUGAUAAAGAACUAUAUGUGAAGGGAUUAGAUAUUUUUGGGAGAAACUGCUGCCUGAUAACCAGAAACUUACUUUGUGGGUUAAAAACUUGCAUAGAAGUAGCCAAUUAUAUGUAUGAGAUUGGAGCAGAAACAUCACUUAAGGCAUGCUCUAUGUUAGAUGGCAACGAGAGAGUGGAUGCAAAUGCUCAGGAAGGAAAGCAAAUAGCUCUGGAGUUAGAAGAGGAAAAGAAAGCUCAAACUGAAAGAGAUAAGAUGCUGCAAAUGCAAGUGUUGCAUUUUUCAUUUCAAUUGUUACUAUGA